AAUCGACAGUCAAUAGAACGUCGUGCGGUCGCAAGUAAAAUAACGCAAAAAUGAAGAACACAUUAGUCUUGGCUUUCGCUGUGAUUUGCCUGGUCUGCGUGGCGCAGAACCAAGCUAGCAUUAUACCUUAUGUCUUGUCACCACAUGGACCCAUUGUGGUUUCGCUGCCGACGGUGCCCAUAGUCAAAAUUAUUCCAAUAGCCGCUGGUGGUGCAGGUGGCGCUGGAGGAGAUGGUGCCGCUGGUGGUGGUGGAGGUGGUGGCGGCGCGUCUGGUGAUUCUGAUGCCGCUGGUGGUGGUGGAGGCGGUGGUGGCGCGUCUGGUGAUCCUGAUGCCGCUGGUGGUGGUGGUGGGGGUGCUGGCGCUGCUGGUGGUGGUGGCGGUGGUGCUGGUGCGCCCGGUGGACCUGGUGUUGUAGCCGGUGGCGGCGGAGGUGGUGGCGCAGCUGGCGGACCUGGCGCGGCAGGUGGUGGCGGCGGUGGUGGUGGUGCAGCUGGUGGAUCUGGCGCGGCUGGGGGUGGCGGCGGUGGUGGCGGUGCAGCUGGUAGUCCUGCUGCCGCUGGUGGAGGCGGUGGUGGUGGCGGUGGUGCUGGAAGCGCUGGCGGUGGCGGCGGUGGUGGUGGUGGUGCAGGGCCUGCUGGUGGAAGUGGAGGCUCAGGUGGCUCAGCUGGGCAUUAAGGAUUUUGAGAAUUUCUUUUGAUUCGCCAUGUAAAUUGGAUAAGUGUUCGAACUUGCUUGGUUUAUAGUUUAUUUUUAAUGAAAUUUUUGGCUUUGAAUUGAUUUCGAUAUUUGCAAGUGAAUAAAAUAAGAGCUUCACAAAGAAGA